GUGGAAUGAGUUGUGGAAUUCUGUUGAAUGCAACAAUUGAGGCAUGACCGGAUCAGAGAAAUCAGUUCAAUUAGAAUAACGGCGGUGUAUAGACGUGAUCGUCAAGAUAAACGCGUUGAACGCUUUUUUAAUGCAAUAUUAUUUUUUUACUCUACCAAAUUAAACACAAAAAAUGUGUGAAUAAAGAAGACAAAGACGAGUGAAAAAGAGAGAAAAAAUUAAAAAAAAAAAUAAAAAUACAAAUUUUUAAUUUGAAAAAAAAAAAAAUACGAAAAACAAAAAACAAAAAAUAUGAUAAAAAGUGAAGAUAUGUUAGAUACGGGACCUUGUGGCUCCCUGAAUGCCGUUAGUCAUCAUCACAGCGAUUUGCAUCAGCUGAACAAUCAUCACACCUUGUAUCGCAAUUUACAGGCCAACAUUUUGGCCUCCUCCAACUUCCAACCCAUAAUGUAUGGCAAUGAACAUCAUCAUCACCACUCUUCCUCAUCGUCGGCGGCGAUGCGUAUGCAUCAAGACUCGCCCGAAAUGCCCGAUGAGAAGCCACCAUUACUUUAUAAUGAGCGCAAAUACUAUGCCACAAUGAUGACUCAGUCGGAUACCAUGAAUUAUGGCUUAACGUCAUUGCACAGCAUGUCCACACCGCCGGCCUCGAACAGUCCCAUUUCGUAUGGUGUGCUACUGUCCAACCCCCAGGGAGUAACGGGCCAUAAUGGCCAUGAUGGUGGAUCGGUAGCACCACAACCACCACCAACGUCACACUCAGGAAAUUCAUCGCCCUCGAAUCGUCAUACACCGUCGGAUAGUGAAUUACAUUAUAAUUCGAUUAAUUCGAAUAAAAUUUUAAAUUUGAUGCCAUCUUCGUUGAAUCACCAUUAUGCCUCAACCAUAAAGUACUGCUCCAGUAAACCAUCCACGGAUUAUAUGCAUCAUGAACUACAAGAACAACAUCACAUUAAUGAACAGCAACAGCAACAACAACACUCACAACACCAAUCGCAUACCGAUCAUUUAGAUACGGGAAAUUCCUCAGAACUAAUGCAUCACACAAUGCAACAACAGGAACAGCAGCAGCAGCAACAGCAACAGCGCAUACAACACACCUCGUCUGCCGGCGGUGUUAUAACCACCAAUUCAUGCACAAAUUCCCACAAUGAUUCCAAUCAGUUGCUGACCAACACCACAAACACCCACUAUUCCUCCAGUUCUUCCCCAGCCAAAUCGGUUCAAUCAAAUCAAAGUGACACCCCCAAAUCCCAACAACAAAGUCAACAGUCUUCCUCAUCGGACGCUCGGGAUUUAUCAUCGGCGGACACCACCAAGAAAUCGGGUAUAAGACGCCCCGAAAAGCCGGCUUUGAGCUACAUAAAUAUGAUAGCCAUGGCCAUAAAGGAGUCACCAACGGGAAAACUGACUCUCAGUGAAAUUUAUAGCUUUCUUCAAAAGAGAUUUGAAUUCUUCCGAGGUCCUUACAUUGGUUGGAAAAAUUCCGUACGCCAUAAUUUGAGUUUGAAUGAAUGCUUUAAAAAGUUGCCCAAAGGCAUGGGUGUUGGCAAGCCGGGCAAAGGCAACUAUUGGACCAUAGAACAAAACUCCGCCCAUAUGUUUGAAGAUGAGGGUAGUUUGAGAAGACGUCCCCGUGGCUAUCGUUCCAAAUUGAAAGUGAAACCCUAUGCAGCCGUCAAUGGUUUCUAUCCAACGGGGUCAUAUGAUGCGGGAAUGGACAAUCCCAAUUUCUAUGGCUCUCAAGCAUUCUCCGCCUAUGACCCUUAUGCAUCGGCUACAUCCGCGGCGGGAAAUUUCUCCGAUGGGUGGGGUACACCACACAGUCACGGACAACAGACAUUGCCGCAGUAUUCAAAUAUAGCAACGUCGGCAAUUAUGCAUAACAACAACAACAGCAGUCCUACACCGCCAAUGGCCCAUGUUCCGGCAAACAAUGGUUCACCCGGUCCUUCGCUAACAUCCUCAGCCGCCGCUGCCUUGCAGGCCAAUUCAAAUAUGGAUUAUGCGACAGCAUCGCUGGUGGCAGCCAGUAAUGUUGGUUAUUCGCCAUAUGGCAGUGCAACAGCCGCAAGUGGCGCCUCCUCAUAUAACCUAGACAAUGGUUUGCGUUCAAUGUCUUUAACGCAAAUGUCUUCAUUGUCGACGCUGUCAUCUCACCAUACACCGCCUCCUCCUUCCACUCAGCAACAUCAACAGCAUCACCAUCACCACCACAAUAAUGGUCCAGUACAUCACGCAUCCUCAAUAACACCACCACCCUCGGCCUCAUCAUCCUCGGCAUCGUUGAUCCAUACCUUGCCACCACCCUCCAUUAUAACAUCGUCAGCCCUAACAUCUCUGCCGCCCACUUCAUCGGAUUCUGCAUUGAUUGAUCGCAAACCUAUUUUCUUGCCUUCGAUGACUCCGCCCUCGGGAACAAUAUCCACCCCACCAUUACAUCAGCAGCAGCAGCAACCACAACACCAUUUGAAUGUGGUUGGCGGAACGUCCAAUGAAAAUAAUGGCCCCAACAAUGGUGAGGGUGGGACUGGGAGUGGUGGUUCAUCGUAUUAUGAACACAUUAAGUAUUCAAAUUAAAUUAGUGAUAAUUAAAAUUAUUAUUGUAGUUGUUGUUUUCUUAGGCUAAAAUAGUUUAAGCAAAAUCAUUAAAAGAACAGCUAGAGUUGCCAAAUAUUAUGCUAAUUAUCCAUCCCAAAGGACCUAGUAUUAUAGAAUAAAAGUUAUUUGAUUAAAAAUUAUAUUAAAAUGUACAUAAAUUAGUUAAAGUAAAUAAAAUGUAGAUGGCUUAAGUUAUGUAUAAAGCUUACUAUUUUAAGUUAUUUUUAAAAUAUAUUAUAUACAGAAAAUACAAAAUAUUUGAAUUGAAUAAAGAUAUGAAAGCGUAA